GAUAUAAAAGGAUCUCACUCAAGUUUCAUGUGUCAGGACUAUUACAGCUGCCAGCCAAUCUACUGUAGAAGCCAGUGAAGCAACAGUUGCAUGCCUGUGUCUGCUAUAUUUAUCAUAUUUGCUAGGAUACAGAAAUGUGUGACAUGACUGCACCCUGCUGCCCCGGCUCUAUCCUUACCAAGUGUCAAAUUUCAGCAUCAUACCAGUGUCCUGUGCCCCCAACAGUGCAGUGUGGUAGUUAUGACACAGUGACCCCCCCAUUGGCCAUCAGUCUCUGACAGAAAUCACUGAGGGAGGGAAAACAGCAAGGACACAUGGUCUUGUGAAAGGUGGUGUGGCUGCUGUAGGGAGCUCGUGUAGUGUUUCUGAUUUUAUUUGGUUUUAUUCAAGUUUAGCCUGCUGCAGAGAAUCGCUUCAGUAGCACUGUCAGUUUUUGCAUGCUUCUUUUUUUUGUGACCGACCGAUGGAGAGACUAAACCGACAUGUGUGCCACUCCCGGGGUAGGUCGAGUAAAGACAAAGGAAAACAGAGAGAAAAGGAAGGGAAAGAAAUGACACUUUGCCUGAAUGAGUGUCUGAGAGCGGUUGAGCUGCAGCACCACUAUGCCAGGUUUACCUCCAUGGGUGUUUGCCGUGCAGUCCACCUUUCAGCACUGACCAUGGAGGACUAUCCCCUCUUGGGAAUCCGCACUAUGGAGGAAAGGACUCGACUCUUCCAUCUGGUCCAAAUGAUCAAAACUCUCGAUCUGGAGAGUCUUGAAUAUGAAGAUGGUUAUGAUGAUUUUGGUGCUGAUGGUGGGGAUGAAGGCUAUGGUGUAGUGGACAGUAGUUUUACUUAUGAUGGAUAUGGAGGUCCCGUUCGCAGACGGCUUGAUUUUGGUUGUGAAACCAUUGAUCAUCAUCAGAAGCAACUUUCUUAUCCCAAAGGCUCUGUUCAUGUCCGCACCAGUCAUAUGGGAAAUGAUGUACCAGUCCAGUGCAGAGGGUCAGCCACAACUCUGCAGCUUGAACUCGACAGUGGGAGAGCUGUGAAAUGUGGCUGCAAAGAGAACAACAACCACAGGACAGAUGCACAUAGUCGUCCAUCAAAUCAACACACAAGGAGAGACACCAUCGGAGGAAUUGCAGUGCAGAACUCUGACACCCUAUUAUCACCAAAGUUUGUCUCCUUCCACAAACAGAAACCCAGGCCUGCACCAGUGGCAUCAAAGACGUUUAACAGCAAACCAGUUGGGCACAAAGAGAGGAAAAGAAUCUCUAAGAAGGAAAAUCUUCCCACAGAAAUACACAGUUUCACGGCUUCAGGAUCCAUGGCUAAGAAAACACCCAUUUAUGAAUCAAAGAGAACCACUGGUUACAACUACGGACUACCUCUGAGUUCCCCUCCUGCUCCACACAAAAAGCAAGAAGGGAAGCAGCGGAUUAGCGUGUGCGUGAGGAAGAGACCUCUGACAUGUGCACAGAGCAGGAGAGGAGAAGCAGACGUUGUCACAACUUCAGGUGGAGAGUGUGUUAUUGUUCAUGAAAGCAAAGAAGCGGUGGAUCUCACACAAUACAUACUACAGCACAGGUUCUACUUCGACCAGGUUUUUGGAGAGGAGAGCUCCAACGAGGAGGUGUAUCAAGGAACAGCAUAUCCUCUGGUGCAGCACAUGCUCAAUGGAGGCAAGGCCACUUGUUUUGCAUAUGGCCAGACAGGUGCAGGGAAGACUCACACCAUGUUGGGUUCAUCCGCCGGGGGACCAGGGUUGUACACACUUGCAGUCCGGGACAUUUUUGCACACCUGUCCACCUCACACAUGCUCUCUCCCCUGCUGGUGUAUGUCAGUUUCUUUGAGAUUUACUGUGGUCAGCUGUAUGACCUGUUGGACCACAGGAAAAGGUUAUUCGCCAGGGAGGAUGGACAGAAGGUGGUUCACAUUGCAGGGUUGCGUGACGUCAGGGUGGACUCGGUCAGCUCCCUGCUGCAGGUGAUUUCACAGGGUACAGAGGAGCGCACGCAGGGGAUGAGCGGAGUAAAUCCACUUUCUUCUCGAUCCCAUGCUUUGCUUCAGAUUCAGCUCAGAAGUCCAAACCAGCAGAUAAGAGGCAGGAUGUGGUUUGUGGACCUGGCCGGAAGUGAGAGGGCAUCGGAUACCAAAGACCCAGACAAGCAGAGCCGUAUGGAAGGAGCUGAGAUCAACCAGAGUCUGUUGGUUCUUAAAGAAUGUAUCCGGUCCCUUGAUCAAGAGCAAUCACACACACCGUUCAGACAAAGCAAACUUACUCAGGUUUUGAAAGACUCAUUUGUUGGUGAUUCAAUGACGUGCAUGAUUGCCAACAUUUCACCUGGUAACUUAGCGACCGAACACACACUUAAUACACUGAGAUAUGCUGAUCGGGUGAAGGAGUUGAGGGGACAAGGAGGACUAAGAGGAGGAAGAAGGGGCAAGACGAUGCCCUCCCCUAAACAUAACCUGUCCAACAGCAGCAGUGGCAGCAGUGUUGGCCCACGAGGGAAAAGUCCCCCUAAAAAGCAGAAGUUAGGGAGACGACCAGAGGCUUUUGCUCCCACUUCACCAAACACCAGGUCGUCCACAGGGGACACAAAUCUCUGCUCCACACCCAAGAACAGCAGAUGGAAGGCUGAAACAAGUGCAAUGGGCGGAGAAGGGAUCGGUCUUGAACAUGUUACACCGAUUAGAGGCUGGCUGGGACCGGGCGAUACGAGGCAUAGGAGGCAUGAAGCAAGUGAAAGAAUUGUUAGGAGAAGAGAAAAUGAAAUGUGCGGAGGAAUUAACGGACACUUGGGAGGCGACCAUGAUGUCCGGGCAGGGCUGGUGUUGGUACCGCCAACAGAUGAGCAGCGUCACAAGAGGGAGGUGCAAAACUCUUUAACUCAAAGGGCAUCUGGAAAAAGAGAAAAAGAGAACCAGCAGAGCCCUGUGAAAGGGGGAAGAGUGGAGGAAGGAGGAUGGUUACAACAGCGAAGGCAAGUUGAGCGCAGUAGAGACAUGGGUAGUGAAGUAGAAAAGCUAAGGGAAAGAGAUUUACAGAUGUUUGAUGGAAAGGAUAAGGAGAGGCAUCGACAUCUGAGAAUGUAUCACCAGCAGCUACAGCAGUUUGCGUCCUCAUCUUCUUCCUCGUCUGCCAAUCUCCUCUCACCGUCUGUCUCUCCAUUAUCCUCUUCUCCUCUUCCACAGGAUUCCCAACUGUCAGCUUCUGCCCUCACAUAUCAAGAUGUGGAAGAUGUCUUAGAUGUGUACCGAGCUGGAGUUCAGAUUAGAGCUGAUGCUAACAGAGGACAGUGGCCUUUUCCCAGUGGUGAGAUUCACUUGCAAACUGAAUUCUCUCCAAGCUGCAAUAACAAUCACGCCCGUGGUGAAUCUGGUGGUGUUGGCGAUCACUUGCUGGUAUCAUGGGAAGGAACAGAGGGAAGACUUGAACAAGGUGAAAGUGAUAAAAGGAGGUCAGUGGAGCCAACAGGUGAAGUAAGGUUAAAGAGAGAAGUUAAGAAGCCAGCUGGGACAGAAGGGCGAGAGAGGAGGUGGGCCUGGUUGGCAACAGUGGAGACAGAGCAAGAAGAUAGGGUCACAGGUACGAUGCCGACUGAUGCAGGGGCACAAGUGACUUACAGCUGUUGUUCUGAUGACAGAGGACAAAGGGGUGAGGAGGGAUUCCAUCCCACAAAUGACCCAGCUGAGCGGAGCACUGAUUGGGAAGGAGACAGCCCUCAUCAGCGAGCUCCAGCAGAACGACCCCUCUCCCCAGCCUGUGAACAGGUCAACACACUCCCGACCCCACACAAACUAAGUGAUCGCUCUCUUGAAUCAAUACACACCAGAUGCAUCUCCCACAUCCCGCCUCUACCUCUGCAAAAUGGCCCUUUUUCAAACUCUCCUUCAACCACUCAACCGCCCUCUACCUCUAUCACUCAGAGUAGAUAUAAAACAGCGGAGCCCCUUAACAAACUGUCUGAAAGUCCAGCUUACACUCAGGUGCAAAACCACCCACACAUCAAAGCUAAAAGGCCGUUUUUACCCCAGCAUGAGACUGACACAGUUUCUCUCAGCUACACAAUGGACCCCCUCAGCCUCUCGAUGCUUCAGGUGGACCAACAGGCCGCGACAUCCUCCUUCCUACAAGGAGAACAGAGCAACCCCUCACUCUGUCUGUUCGGGAAUGAAAGGGGGAAAAACACCAACAGGAAAGGGGGAAAAGAGCAACAGACAUGUGCAGAGAUGACAGAGAAGCUUGUAGAGGCUGAGGAUGUAGAUAUUCAUCUUUCUUUUUUGGAGCUGCCGCUAGCAAAGGCCCGCUGCUCCACCAGCUCUGACACCAUGACAGCUAUCAAUCACACGGAUCGGACAAAAGACACUCGUGGAACAGGUAGGACAAAACCUCCACUGCCUGAAGUUAUGCUGCUCCAGGACCGAGAGAACAAUCAGAAACUCCAAACCAUGCCAGUCCUUAGCCCCAAAGCCCCUGCAUCCCCACUUAAACCCUCUACAUGUGCUUCGAUGCAAACUCCGGUUGUGCAGUCCAUCUCACCCUCUGUCCGGCACUCUGAGGACAUUCAUUCAUCCAGCUCGCACACUCUAAUCCCAAAUGUUGCCACACAAAUGCCAACAGAGCGUGCACACAAAAUGCGCAGCAAACCUGACUCCUCCACCUCAACACCACAGUCAGAAGGUGUCUUGUACCAGUGUCACAUAGUACAUUCAAACCCCUCCGGCGAUUUAAACAAUGCAAUCCAACCAAGUCAAGAAAGUACGAGCAAUCAGCUAAGUACACCCACAAUCCAUCCGUCUACCCUGAAAGACUUGAAUCAUGCGCUGUGUCGUGUUGUCCAGGCCCACUGGGAGCAGCUUGAAGAGAUGGAGGCUUUAUGCCAUAAAGAGGGGACACUUCUGUUCCAACAACCUGAUAUGGCAUUCGGGGAAUACGUCAACAAGCUAGAAGAGAUAAUGGAGAAAAAGGCUCUGUGUGUUCAUAGCAUGAGAGCCCAGCUGCAGCCAUAUCUGAUGCUCCGUCAGUCUAACCAAACACACAAUCUAUGAGGAGAUACAAAUAUUCAGAUUAUCUGAAUUAACUAAAUUAAAAAGCAGGGAUAUUUAUAUUUAUAAGUAAAGCCUGUACACUGAAGGGAUGCGGGUAGUGCAAGACUAUCAUGGUGUUUACAACUGCACAACAUAUUUUUUACUGACAAGACUAAAUUCAGUGAGUUAAAUCCAGUGUGUGUGUGUGUGUGUGUGUGUGUGUGUGUGUGUGUGUGUGUGUGUGUGUGUGUGUGUGUGUGUGUGUGUGUGUGUGUGUGUUUGGUAUUUUUUUUCUGUUUGGAUGUGAGGUUAUUAUUUUCCUCUUCCCCUGGGCUCUUGACAUGAUGAUUCAUAACCAUAUAGUAUUUAAUAGAAUAUUUGCAUAUUUGCUACUUUAAAUCAUAAUUUGUAACGUUCAUCUUUUGAGGGAUAUCUGUCACACUACUGUGGAUACUUGAAUGACUGGUAUUUUGAAAUGUAGUUGUUUUGACAGCAGCUAUUUAUGUACUGUAUGUGCUGCAACUUCUAAAGGGCGGUACUUUUUCAAGUCCAGUCUUGGUCCACUAUGUUCCACUGAUUUCUGACAGCUUUGAUCAUGUCUGUAUUUAGUUUUUUUUGUUUUUGUUUUACUUGAUCAAGGCUUUGAGUUUGCCUGGUUUGUGUCUUAAUUCGUGCUGCACACCACCACAACCCUCUGCCUGGACGAAGACCAGCCCAGCCUGAGUAGGGUUGCUCUUCUGUUUAAGCUCGACUGGAUCUCUGAAGCAGUGAUACACUGAACCAAAGAUACACAACUAAUAUUUUUCUUACCUGCAAACUUGAGCUCAGGUUGUCUGCUGAGCUGUUUACUUGACAGGUGGCUGUUUUUGAGUGCUACAUUUGUUGUCUACAGAUAAUAGAUUGUGAUACUUGUAAAGCAAAUAGACGGUAGGUGUAUUUUCAGUUUACAAUAGGGUAUUUGAAACUGCUUGUUUUUUGAAGGGUUUAAGAAUGAAUUAAAUAUUAAAUUAAGUUAUUUAUGGCUUAGA